ACCCUAAUAGAUUGCGCGGGCCACCUCCGGAUCCACCUCCAGCCAUGACUGUGGUUACGGACACGAACCGCGCCCCCGUCAUCGGAAUUCUGGCAUGGUUCUUCAUGGUCAUCGCUGUGCUCUCCGGGGGAACACGGCUUCUGAUCAAAUAUGUCAUCGUCAGGAAGCUGACGAUGGACGACUACCUGAUCUCGGUGGCUCUGGUCUUCUCGGUGCUACAGGCAGCAUGUGUCGCAAAUGCAGCCGGCAAUGGGUACGGUCAAGAGCAACAAGCUUCAUCGCAGCAUCAGCAGGCAGUGGCUUUGAAGUCAAUAUAUGCGGCGGAAUUGCUCUACAUCCCCUGCAUCACAUUCGCUAAGCUGAGCUCUCUGGCAUUCAUGACAUUCCUGAUGCAACGAACCCGCAAAGUGGAAUGGGGACUGAUUGCCUUCAUCGCCACAUGGGCCGUGACUUGCGAAUUUGCGGUCGCGUUCCAGUGUGGCCUGCCCCAACCGUGGAACUGGCUCAGGCAGACAUGCUUCAACCGUGCGGCAUGGUGGUACUACUUCGGAAUCACCAACAUCCUCACCGAAUGCGCUCUGAUGGUCUUCCCCAUUCUGGUCGUCUCCAAGAUCCAGAUGGCGGAUACGAAGAAGGCGGUGGUGAUCGGGUGUUUCGCUACUCGUAUCUUAGUCGUAGUCGCUAUCGUGAUGGAGCUGGUGUAUCGAGGCCGCAUGCAAGAAGAUCCGGAUGAGCCCCUGCUCGAGAUCUGGAAGGUCGCCGUCUGCAUGCAGCUGGUCCAGUGUCUGGCCAUCAUCGUCUCUUGCAUCCCUCACCUCAAGCCUUUCAUGGAUGGACUACAGUCCACCGGGCUACGACUCUAUCAUCUACCGGGGCAGAGUUCGACGCACGAACAAUAUGGGUACGGGUCGGGGAAGAAGAAACGGAGCGGCACGGCGCAUGAGCUGAACCAACUGCACGGGUCGGCUCACGACACGACCAUUCUUGCAGAACAGCGGGAGCGCGACUGGGACGACGCGCAUAGCCAGACCAGUCAGAGUCAUAUCAUCCGUCAGACGAUGACCUGGGCCGUGGAGGAGCAUUACGAUCCCAAUGCAGCCACCGAGUCGAUCACCACUGAUGGAGGGUCGAAUCGCAGUCAACCAGUGCGCUAGUGUGGAUGGCUGGCAUUGGCGGGGCCGGGGAGAGGGAGGGCCAUCAUGGCUUCAAUCUUUGACAGUAGCUUAGUAGAGCUUAUCAGAAUAAGGAAAAGUGAGACAUGAUGGGGCUGUGGGACUUAGCUUGGUAGCAAACGACUACGCGUCGGCCCAAUGUGAAUUCUCCACACUUGAUGUAUUAGUUCCCCUGCUAGUGGAAGAUAGCUCCGAG